AUGGUUCCUUUAGAGUGGCGUAACACUGGCAGUAUGAUUUAUCGACGAUAUUAUCACACAGCAUCUGCAUUAACAAAUGGAAAAGUAUUAGUUACUGGUGGCUUGGAUAAUGGUUCUUAUUUAAAUAGUGCUGAGUUGUAUGACCCACUAACAGGACUUUGGACAGCAACUGCUAAUAUGAACAUUACACGAACUGAGCAGACAGCAUCUGUACUAACAAAUGGAAAAGUGUUAGUUACUGGUGGUGUGAAUAAUAGUUCUUAUUUAAAUAGUGCUGAGUUGUAUGACCCACUAACAGGAAUUUGGACAACGACUGGUAAUAUGACUAUUUCACGAUAUCUACACACAGCAUCUGUAUUAACAAAUGGAAAAGUGUUAGUUACUGGUGGAUAUAAUAUUGGUUAUUUUUCAAGGAGUGCUGAGUUGUAUGACCCAUUUACAGGAACUUGGACGAUGACUGGUAGCAUGAAUGAUACACGAUACACGCACACAGCAUCUGUAUUAACAAACGGAAAAGUGUUAGUUACUGGUGGAUGGAUGGCUGGGAUUUAUUAUAAUAGUGCUGAGUUGUAUGAUCCAUUGACAGGACUUUGGACAACGACUGGUAAUAUGAAUAGUGCGCGAGAUGAUCACACAGCAUCUGUAUUAACAAAUGGAAAAGUGUUAGUUACUGGUGGAUCAAAUGGUAGUUCUUAUCUAAAUAGUGCUGAGUUGUAUGACCCACUAACAGGACUUUGGACAACGACUAGUAGUAUGAAUAAUGCACGACAUUGGCACACAGUAUCCAUAUUAACAAAUGGAGAUGCGUUAGUUACAGGUGGAUGCGUAAGCUCUGCUCUAAAUAGUUGUGAAUUAUAUUAA